AUGCGCAGCAGGAACCUGUCCCCGUUUUCUACCUCCACAUCGUGGCGGCGAGCACUUUGUAUCAGUACAGCGGCUGAAACGCCCUCUUAUUUUUCCUGCCUUCUCUUCUAUACUGUACGGCAGUCAUCAAUGACACACUGCGCAAGUAAGAAGCAGGCAGAUGGAUCAAAAGAUAUUGGAGAUGCCGCAUGGAGGGAGAAGUUAACCACACAAGAGUACCGCGUGCUCCGUCAGAAGGCCACGGAUCCGCCAUUCGGGGCUUACAAUACCCAUUUUGAAACUGGGACAUAUCACUGCGCCGGCUGCGGAACACUGCUUUAUAAAUCAUCCAUGAAGUUUCCCUGUGAGUGCGGCUGGCCAGCGUUCUUUGACUGCGUGCCGUUGGCUGUCCGUGAGGAGCCCGACAGUGAUGGGGUCCGAACGGAAAUUUUAUGCAAUGCGUGUGGAGGGCACUUGGGCCACGUGUUUCGUGGAGAGGGCUUCAAUAAUCCACCACCUAACGAACGACAUUGUGUGAAUGGAACAGCUAUUCGUUUUCAAUCCGAGAAGUAA